CCCCCGCGAGCGCAGGCGCGCGCGGGCGCUCCGUUGGGUGCGCGCGGUGCCGCGGGUGCCCUCGCGCCCCUCCGGUGCCGCCGCGCGCGCGAUGAACUGGCUGUUCCCGCUCGCCAAGGGCGGCGCCGCCCCCGCCUCCGCCGCGCCGCCCGCGCGCACCGGCCUCCAGCAGCAGCGGCAGCGCCAGGUCGAGUCCCUGCGCGCCGCGCACGCCUCCAUUGCAGAAAUACAGAAAGAUGUGGAAUAUCGACUGCCAUUCACUGUAAACAACUUGACAAUUAAUAUUAACAUUUUGCUUCCACCUCAAUUUCCUCAGGAAAAACCAGUAAUCAGUGUUUUCCCACCUGUGAGACAUCAUUUAGUGGACAAGCAGGGAGUAUAUGUGACCGGUCCAUUAAUAAGUAAUUUUACAAUGCAUUCAGAUCUUGGAAAAAUUAUUCAGAGUUUACUGGAUGAGUUUUGGAAGAAUCCUCCGGUUCUAGCUCCUAGCUCAACAUCAUUUCCAUACCUUUUCAACAAACCAGCUGGAAUGCCUCCUUUUGCUCCUCAGGGGUUUCCAUUUCUCCCUCCAUAUCCACCUCAAGAAACAAACAGAACAAUGGCACCCAUGCCCAUUUCUGAAUCAGUUUCUUCAAGCUACACUACAGACAAGCCUGCUGCUCCCUCCUAUGGCUUGAUUGCUGAUCUGCCGCUGCCUGUUCCUACAGCAGAAGCGGUGCUGCAGGUUGGCCAGAACGGAUUUACAUACAAAAUGCCUGAUGUUCCUGAUACCUUUCCAGAACUCUCAGAACUAAGUAUAUCACAGCUGACCAGUAUGAAUGAGCAAGAGGAGGUGUUACUGGAACAGUUUGUGACUCUUCCACAGCUGAAGCAAGUCAUUACUGAUAGAGAUGAGUUAGUGAAAAGCAUUGAAGAGCUGGCAAAAAAAAACCUGUUGCUGGAGCCUAGCCUUGAAGCAAAAAGACAGACAGUGUUGGAUAAAUAUGAGCAACUCACACAAAUGAAAGCAGCCUUUGAAAAAAAGAUGCAAAGACAGCAUGAACUUAGUGAGAGUUGCAGUCCGAGUGCUCUGCAGGCCAGACUUAAAGUAGCUGCUCAUGAAGCUGAAGAGGAGUCUGAUACUAUUGCAGAAGACUUCUUGGAAGGCAAAACAGAGAUAGAUGACUUUCUUAGUAGUUUCAUGGAAAAGAGAACGCUCUGCCACUGCAGACGAGCCAAAGAGGAAAAACUUCAACAGGCAAUAGCAAUGCACAGCCAAUUCCAUGCUCCGCUAUAGACUUCCUGCAAACUGCACCUGCCAAGAGAACGAAUGAAAACCCAAUAAAGCACACUUUUUAAUAACUA